AUCUUCAAACUUGGAGAAUGAAAGUUAAAAAGAAAAGCCACGGAGAAGAAAGUUAGCAGUAGUACUAGCAGUAGCAGCAUUUGCGGGAGAAAGUUUUGUUUCUUGCAUUUUGCUAUUCGAAAACUCUGACGCAGUGAGUUGGUUUGAUUCUCUCUAUUGGUUGUUUGCUGUGGGUUUGAGGUUGUGAAUCAUGGGCGAGUCAAGUGACUCGGUUUCCGUUGACAUUGAUAUCCUAUCUUUUGGAGGGAAGGAGUGUGUGGUGAAGACAAGCAAAGGUUCAGUCUCUGUGUUUAUAUGCGGGGACCAAGAAAAGCCUGCUUUGAUAACAUACCCAGAUGUUGCUCUCAAUUACAUGUCUUGUUUCCAAGGCCUCUUCUUCUGCCCAGAUGCAACUUCUUUGCUGCUUCAUAACUUCUGUAUUUACCACAUUGAUGCCCCAGGCCAUGAGGUAGGAGCUGAUGUUAUUUCUUCAGAUGCUCCAUUGCCUAGCGUGGACGACCUUGCAGACCAGGUAGCUGAAGUGCUCGAUUUCUUUGGGCUGAAAGAGGUUCUGUGCUUAGGUGUAACAGCUGGAGCUUAUAUCCUUACCCUCUUUGCAAUGAAAUAUACAGAGCGGGUGCUUGGGUUGAUUCUGGUGUCCCCUAUCUGUAAAGCACCAUCAUGGACUGAGUGGCUCUACAAUAAGGUAUUGUUGAAUUUGUUAUACUUCUAUGGCAUGUGUGGUGUACUGAAGGAAUGCCUCCUCCAGCGUUACUUUAGUAAGGAACUUAGGUGUGGCAUGCAUGGUGCAGAGUCGGACAUAAUACACACUUUCAGAAGGGUACUGGAUGAAAGGCAGAGUUUGAAUGUCAUGCGGUACCUUCAAGCAAUUAAUGCGAGGCAUGACCUUACAGAGGGCUUGAAGAAGUUGCAGUGUAAGACACUUAUUUUUGUAGGAGAAAGUAGUGAAUUCCACGCAGAAUCUGUGUAUAUGAGUGCCAAAAUGGGAAGAAAAAGCUGUGCUCUUGUUGAGGUUCAAGCUUGUGGCUCACUGGUGACGGAAGAGCAUCCAUAUGCUAUGCUAAUUCCUAUUGAAUUCUUCUUGAUGGGGUUCGGUUACUACAGACAACAACAUUUUGCCUCCACAUCAAGUAAUGGCUCGAACCCAACUAGCCCUUCUUGCCAUUCAUGCAUAGCACCGGAGCUUUUCUCUCCAGAGAGUCUUGGGAUCAAACUUAAACCGAUCAAAACCCGAGUAGAUAUUGAAAUUUGAUGCAGAUGACUAUUUGAAGUAUGUAUUCAUUACUCACGUCUCCUGCGAAGCAAUGUAAAUGGGGGCCGUGCUGUCUCUAUCUUCAGACAUAUACAGCCAUCACAGAUUUGUAAUUUCUUCCUUCAGGAUAGUGUAUUCUUUGAUUCUGUUAGUUGGGUUAGGAAAUUGGUGAUCAUGACUAUGAGAAUUUUUCAAACUUGGUUGUAGAUAACUUAAGGGGAUCUGAUCUAAGAUGGAAGAUGGAAUUAUUCUUUUGGGUUAGGAAAUUGGUGACCAUGACUUAAGUGUCUGUAAUAUACAUACUUUUGUUAUUCCACUGUAUCUAAUUCAUGGUCAUUAUUUUGACUGAACUGGAAGGGUACUAUUUAUAUAUGUGGCUCCUUAUUCAUGAAA